AUGCGGAAUGGUGUUCUCUUCGACAACUGCUCCAGCGCUUACGACAAGUUCUAUCCUGUGUGCUAUGAUACUACCCCGAUCGAAAACAUACUUCCAAAAGAGCACAGAACUGACUGGACCAAAGUGCCUUGGACAGUCAAGGCUGACGAAUUUGACAACGUUGUUCCAGAUCAGAUGGCGCCGCCAACAUCUCCGCAUGACGUGAAUGCGACGCGAAAUGAUCCGACGAAACCAGGUUUCUGGAAGGCGUUUACCUACCGCGUUCCCAACGGGACAGCACCUCCAAACUCCAUUGGCUAUUGGUCGCCCUAUUCUUCAAAGAUAGAACCUCAAUAUGGCGCUGGCGGUUUCCAAGUGUUUCUUUCUCUAGCAGAUGGCCCGGCUCGAAAUCAAGAGAAAGUUCAAUUCUUGAUCGACAAUCGAUGGCUCGAUAGGUUCACAAGAAAAAUCGAAAUCAAAUUCGCUGUUUACAACGGAAUGCUUCACCGGUUUACAUUUGUGAAGAUCAAGUUUGGCUACUCCACGACUGGAACCUACAAGCCUUUCAACACCAAGGGCGGUACCAUUGUCAAGAUAGAGUCCAUCGAUAUGGAACCCUAUCGGAUUCAACAAGUUGGAGGAUGUGUCAACAGCGAGCAAGAGAGGCUACAAUGCUUAAACAGCACUGCCCUCUCCGACCAAUCUAAAUGCUCUAUUUGCACCCCUGGCGUUACUUCCGACGCGAUCAGAAUGAGCCUGGAAAUCAUUCUUAUGGUUUUUAUCUUCUACAACAUCUCAGGGUUGAUCCGACAAGGUCUCCAGUGCUUCAUGGUAGGAGGAUGGGAUGGAAAAGAUCUGAAAGGGGAAAAGAACGUCGAAGCAAGUCACAACGGACUCAAGUCAUUCUUUUUGGACAAGUGGACACUCAUAGAUAUUCUCAAUUACCUGCUAUUUAUCUACUACAUCAUCCUUCGUAUUUCGCUUACACAGAUGAUCACAUCCAAAAAUAAUAUCAUCCAGGUCCCCACGAAUCAAUAUGAAAUCAUUCUAGAAAGAGCGUCGUCCAUCAUUCAGAAUCAGCUCCUCGGAAACUUUUUCAACGUGCUCUUGUGCCUCCUGAAAUGCUUCAAGUAUUAUCGUUUCCAGCCGCGACUUGCCAUUGUCAACAAUACACUGGAGAAAUCUAUUCCUGAUCUUUACCAUUUUGCUCUGAUGUUCAUGACAUUCCUGUAUGGAUUCUCUGCUAUAUCGCAUGUUCUCUUUGGUCCCGAAAUGCACAUGUUCUCAACAUUACCUAUCGCACUUUCGUCGGGAUGGAUGAUGAUGCUUGGAGCUGGUUUGGAUCAUUUCGCUUCGAUGGCGAGGGUAGACGGGAAGAUGGCUGUGGUCUUCUAUACAACAUUCAUUUUUCUAGUCAACAUUGUGCUGCUCAACAUUCUUCUUGCUAUUUUGGUCGAUUCAUACAUGGAAGCAAAGGAGGAUAUGGCAAAACAAUAUGGAGAUGAUGAAGAACAAAUCCCGUCAUUGGCGUCAGAUUUGUCUCUGUUGACUCAAUACUCCUUCUCAUUUGGAAUUCCAAAAAGCGAAAUCCUCCUGAAGGCAGUAGAGUUGCUUCUCAAAAGGAAACAAUUUGCCACCUUUGAGCAAAUUCUGCAUAGUAUUCCAGCAGAGAUUCGAGCUACGUUGAACAUCACCGAAGAAUCCAUUGGUCGUCACCCUGCACUGCACCUUGUUGAAGAGGAUGAAGCUGAAGAUGGCGAAGACCAUGCUGCUCAAAAGGAUGCCAGUUCUGAUUCUGAUUCGGCGAAUCUGUUGGUGAACGAGCUCAGGAGUCUUCUUGAAAUUAACAAGAGAUUGAAUAUGGAAUACGACAAGAUGCUGCAAGACUCUCAGCAUAAGGAUUGA